AGUGACCUUAGAUUCUCUCAACAUGCUGUCCGUGGCACUGCUCUACAUUUUGGCUGUGGUCUUUUCCGCAACUCGUGCUUUACCAUUAUAUCCAGAGACAGUGCUGACACCACAGGAAGACCUUCUUCAGAAACUGGUGGCAGAAGUGGAGGAAGGCCAGAGUGAUGACCUGAGUGAGCAAAGAGGUGUCAAAAGCGUCUUUCCUGUCCUGCUGCAGAGGGAAAGAGACAGAGACUCCUGGCCUAAAGAAACCAAGGAAACUCUACAGCAAGCGAAAAUGAACGACAUGGUGGACGACUUAAAAGCAGCCGUGUUGAAAUUGGCAGCAGCAGAUAACCUGCGCUCUCAAGGCUUUCUGCGGUCGGAGCAGAAUUUACCCAAACCCAACAAGAGAGCCUGUUUCUGGAAGUACUGUGUAACAAAUUAAGAGCUGAUCCCUUCGGAAUUACAGAGGAACAGCCCACUCCACCCAUUCUGUACAAACAUCACUAUUUAUCUUCUCCAUUAAAUACCAAUCCAGCAGCCUCAGUGACAAUGUGUACAGGAAUUCACACAGCACAGUAACUUCAACGUGGCUUUGCUUUUAAGCAAAAUGAUGAACUCUGUAAAAUAAGGAUCUAGGAUGUACGUCUGAGACCAUCACUGUGUACACGAUUAUUCUAGCAAAAUCUGGUCCAUCUCCUUGUCUUUCAGUCUUUGUUUAGAAAUCUGUAAACGUAAACAGGCAAAAGAAAUGGCAAAGUUGUUGAUAAGUAUGAAAUGAUCUUUAUUUUUCAUUAAAAUGUGAAACAAAAACACGUUUGACCUUUUUUCCUUGAACAGUGGUACUGUGUAUGUAUUUGGUUUGUGCACCAAGUAUAACCUUUCCUAUAAAACAACCAUUGAGUAUAUGAUACCUGAAUCUUGUACAUGACAUUGUUGGCUUUGCAGUUUUGUCAUGGAGCUCUAUACGCAAGUUGUGUUUUAAGUGUUUUUAUAUAUAUAUACAUACAUGCAUUAUUACUGUCCAGAAGUGUGUUCUCUGAGGACGAUGUGUUAAUUUAUUUUUACUUAGAAAAUCCUGUCAUUAGACCAAAACCUUUGCUUACAGCUGAUUUAAUAGACAUACAUA